CAUGCCAUUCGAGCAUAUAAACAAUUUUUGCCUCUAAAAGUAUUACCACAUUUAUAUUUACGAGUGAGUGAAAAAUGAGUUCCAUAGGUACAGGGUAUGACUUGUCCGCUUCUCAAUUUUCACCGGACGGACGCGUAUUUCAAGUGGAAUACGCACAGAAAGCCGUUGAAAACGGCGGAACAGUCAUAGGAUUACGAGGAAAGGAUGGCAUUGUAUUUGCUGUCGAAAAGAUUGUUACGUCAAAGCUCUUUGAGCCUGGUACAAACAAAAGAAUAUUCAAUGUAGACAAGCACGUUGGUAUUGCUGUUUCUGGCCUGAUUUCUGAUGCUGCACAAAUCGUAGAGAUCUCUAUGUCUGAAGCAUCGAGCUAUAAGUCCCAAUAUGGAGUUGGUAUCCCUUUGAAAUACCUAAAUGAAAGAGUUUCCAUGUACAUGCAUGCUUAUACUCUGUAUUCAGCAGUGAGGCCUUACGGCUGCUCUGUAAUUCUUGGUGCUUAUGAACAUGACGGACCAGCCAUGUAUAUGAUAGAUCCAUCUGGAGUUUCUCAUGGAUAUUACGGUUGUGCUAUUGGUAAAGCAAAACAGUCUGCGAAGACAGAAAUAGAAAAGUUGAAGUUGUCAGAUAUGACCUGCCAUGAUUUAGUAAAGGAAGCCGCACGUAUAAUCUAUCUUGUUCACGAUGAAUUGAAGGACAAACAGUUUGAGUUGGAAAUGAGCUGGGUAGGUGAGCAUACUAACGGAAGGCACGAGCGUAUUCCAGCGGAUGUAAAGGCCGAGGCUGAGGCUAAAGCGAAACAAGCAAUGGCGGAAGAUUCAGACAGUGAUACGGAGGACAUGUAAAUAGUCCUAAAGAUACUUUUUAUAUUGUAAGUUACGAUUUUAAGUUACCCAAGUACU